AAUAUUUUAUCUUUUUAAACUAUUUGUAUUUAAGCUUAGGAACACUUCUCAAAUCUUAUACAAACUCACGGAAAAUAGCUUGGCUUACAACUCUUGACGUGUGUUUUCGUUCUUGCCGCUUCCAUAUAGAAAUCUCUGAAUUGAAAUAAUCAACUUGCCGAAAACAAAAAAAAUAAGGGGGAGGAGAAUGCAAAGUAAACUAGGGUGCACUAAAAUAGCUUAGAACUCCUUUCCGGAAGCCUCUUUGUUUAUAUUAUAUUCCUGUAGGGGAGGGACAGGCUAAUAUAAGUUGCCGUCCACACCCGUGUGAACCGCUUACUACCGAGAAGGACUGGGAGUCAAUUGUAUUAAACCGUUUAUGUUUUAAAGUUUUGAGAUGUACUUUCAGUUAUUAUAGAAUUGCUUUAUUCUCAGCUAAAUGCCCUCCAAAAGAAGCAAGUCCAAAAUAUCUUUCAAAUUAUUUUCAGCAAAUAAUUAUUCGCGGUUUGCGAGCAGAUUCCCAUUCUUGAAACAACGACAGAUCAAGACAAAACUUUUUCAGUCAUGGAGGAAGUUUAAGUUCAGUCCCGAAACCACGACGAACAAAGGAGGGAUCCAGAAACUAAAAUGUGUGAAUGAAAUUGUCGCUAAUGGAGCCGAGAGUGGCCCGCCAAAGAAAGGAGAGGAAGAUGUCGCGGAGAAGAAACCUGAGCGUUCACCCAUUAAUAAAUAUUCAGUCAAACAGCGUAAUCUUCAAGAUGACCGUGCUAAAAGGAAAAGUAUCGGAACAGCAAAUGAAGAGGAUGACAUAUCCCCACUGCGCAGAGCUUCUAGGAGUUUGAAAAUGACUGACAACACACUACUCACAAAACGAAAACAAAACGAGUUCAUCGAUCUAUUUGAGGAGAUAAACGCAGAAACGUUGUUGAUCGAACCAGUUGAUAUCAGCAAUAUUGAGCUCUUAUCGAGUGCAAGUGGCAGUUUUGAUCGCAAAGAGUGGCUAAAGAAGCUUACAGAAGAAGGGACAUUUGAAAAGAGCAACAAUACGGUUUCUGGAAUGUUCAAAUGGCGAGCCGACGGGAAAAAGAAGAAAAAUGUAAGAAAUGGGGAAAAAAAUAAACAUGAAUCAAGGUUUUUAGAGAGUAGCAAAUGUGAAGGCGGCAGGAACUUCUUCAGCAUGUUUGAACGCGAGGACGAUAUCUUUCUUUGAGCAUGAAAUUUAUCCUGACUCAAAAGCUGACUUAAAGCUAACAGGUCUAUUUUGACGAUUCCAACCGAUUGAAUUUUACGCCUUGUAAUACAAACAUUUUUAUCCACUAAUGUACUGCAACAUUUCAAUUCUCUCGUUUGAUGUAAACCCUUUGUCUCUCAGAUGUGAUCGGCCUUCCGCAAACAAGUGAUGAGAAUACUCGAACGUAUUAGGAAGAUGUUAUCUUGAUCUACUACCAAACUCCCGAAACUAAAAUGCGUAGCAGCU